AUGGACAACUCCACGAUAAUAUUUGUUGUGACAUUAGUAGUGGCCUUCAUCUUUCUCAGGUGGUUAAUCUCACCAAUCCCCCAGUCUGUUCCGGAAGAAUUCAACAUUCCCGAUCCUCAAAGACAGAACAACAGAAGUCAGACGGCGGCACCAAGAUCAAGAAAUCGCUCUUCCCGGGAAAUUACCCCUUCAAUGAUUGAAGUGGUUCGUGCAAUCGCACCUCAGCUCACGCCCUCACAAGUAAGAUUCAGCUUGGAGAGAACAGGAUCGGUGGAAGCUACUGUUGAAGAAUACAUGGAGAAUGGCAGCUUGCCUUUCCCGCCUGGUGAAACGCCUGUGAGUCCAAUCGCGGAGACAGAGACACAUAAUGUUGCGCCCCUGGGAGUUCUGGAGAAUUUGAUUGAGAAAUACGGUUUAGACUUAAACGGCAGCCAUAACGAAGAUGUGACGGAAGUUUCUGGGAAGUGGGGCAAGGACAAGAACGAGCGUCAGCAACUUUUGAAGAGGAGAAGGGAAGAGAUGAUUCUUAAAGCUCGGAGACGUAUGGAGAAGUCCUUGACAAAUGAUGCUUUCAGCGAUGACUAG